AUGUUUAAAAAAGAAAUAUUUNUUGCUAAAUCUUUAUUUGCUGAAUGUGCUCGACUUUAUUCACCAACUGAUGGACCAGAAAAAGUUAUUAUAUCACCUAUUAUUCCAGAAGUACCAACGCCGACGUGUUUUUUUCCAGAUAAUUUUACUGGAGAAUGGGUUAAUACAGCUAAUGUUAAUGCAAGAACAAUUAUAAAUGCAACACAUAUACAUGAAAUAUCACAAGUUAAUAAUCGUGGAUGGUUAAGAGAAACUUAUUAUGUUUGCCAACAAAUAAGUCGACAACAAUAUUUAGUUAAAUCUGUUACCAAAGGAGAAUGUUUUUCAUAUUAUAUUUGUUUUGAUUUUAAAGAUCGUCAUCAUAAUAUUCUUCGAUAUAGAAAAUCAAAAUCAUUUAUGUCAAAUGUUUAUGAUGAUCUUUCAAAACGAGAUCCACUCUAUGAAGUUUGUUCAUGGAUUAGUUUUGGUAAUGAUGCUAAUUGGAAAUAUCAAGUUUUUGUUUUGGAUCCUCCAGCACCAAUUGAAUGUCCAUUUACUGGUAUGUGGACAUUUAAACAAGUUGGACAACCAAAUUCAUUAAUUCAAACACGAAUUCGUGGUGGUAUUACACCUAGACCACGUGAUCAUGGUUGGUAUAUAACAUGUGAUCCUCAAUAUAUGGUAUCGCAAUGGACAAUAUGUGGUGAUCAAACAAAGUCAAUGUUUGCUGAUCGUGAAUAUUGUCGACAAUUAGAUCCAUAUGGAACACCAAUUGGUGUUUAUGAACAACCUGAUUAUAUAUAUCAAUGUGCUGGUUAUUGGAGAGAAGAUUCUCGUUCUUAUUUAAUAACAUAUGAUCGUGAUGAUCCGUAUAUUAAUUUUAAAUGUUGGGUUUAUGAAAGAAUUGAUUUAUUUAAAAUAUAUCUUUCAAGAUCAGCUGGAUCAUUUUGUGGUUUUAAUCAAACAUCUCAAAGUUUUGAAGCACAAGAUGGAGCUGAUCUUAAAAUUGAACUGGAAGAAGCUGAACGAAUUCAUGAUGAUUGUCCAAUUCGUUAUGACGAUGGUCGAAAUCCUUGGCAAGUUGUCGAUGAAUUUUUAUUUUAUUAUGCCUCAGCAACAACACUUAUGCCGUCCUUGUUUAUUUAUAUUUUUCUCAUAUUAUUAAUUAUGAACUUUUUUUAA